AAUUAUUAUUACUUUGUAAAUAUAUGAGUUAUGUUCUAAAUUAAUGUCAAAUAGGUUAUUAAUAGAGAUAAAAAAUGAAUAUAUUUUGUCAAAGAGAUGAAAACACUACAGAUAACAUUGAAUACACAUCAAUCGAUAAUUUAUUAAAUAAUGAUAAUGAGUUUCGUUCUAUAAUGGAUACUAGUAGUAUCCAUCUACUAACCAAUAUGCAUGAUGACACACCACUUGCCAGUACAUCAGAAAAUUCAACAAGUUUUCAAUCUGUUGAUAACAAUCAAUUAAAAAACCUCCUUAUAGAAUGGAAUCUUGAUUGUUUGUACCAAAUAUGUAUAGAGCAACAAAUGGAUUUAGAGGCCUUAGGGCUAAUGAAUGAUAAUCAUUUCAAUAUAUUGUUGUCAAAUGUUCCACUGGGACUCAGAAUAAAAUUUGAAAGCAAAGUUAAAAAAUAUCAGGCAUCAUUAAUUCAAAACUCAGAACACACCACAGUUAAUAAGACAUCUGCAAUUAUUAUAAAUAAUGCUAAUGAAAUUUCUCAAAAGGUCUCAGAAGUUACAACUGAAAAUCAAAUUUUUCAAUUACAUACCAUUUUGAAAAAUUAUCCUCAAGGAUCUUUUGUUCUGAACUAUUUUGAAAAACAUAACAUUCUUAAUGAGAGUUGUAGAAAUGUAUUGGUUGAAAUUAUCAUUAAUGACCUAAUAAAAAGAGAAUCCCAUAUGACAUUUAGGUUGGCUAAUUUAGUAGCUGAUGCUAUAAUUGGAACUUUUCCCACAGAAAUCAAAGAUACUUAUUUUCUAAAAGAUGCCAAAAAUACUUCACCUAAAGGUAAAUUAUAUGCCAAAUAUUACAAUACCAUAAGGUAUAUGAAACAAAAUGGUUUAAUACCUGCAGCAAUUGGUAAAGAGAGAUCUUCAAAACCAUUGAGUCGUACAAUGGACAAAGAAAAUAGUAUACUUGCUACUGACCCUGAUUCUGAAUUAGUGUCGACAUAUCUAAAUGAUAAAGAUCUAACAUGGACAGAAAUAGAAGACAUUUGGAGAAAAACUAUUAAUUACCGUCUAUAUUAUAUAAAACAAAAUAAUGCUACAGACAUUUUUAAUAAAUGGCAACAGUAUACUCAACCAAUGGGUUAUAAACUUGUUGAUAUAGAUUUUCAAAAUGUGUUUAGCGAUUACACAAAUUUCAAAACUGUUUUUGAAGAGAAUAUGAAUAAUUUAAUUAACAUUUUGAAAGAGAGAGUAAGGAGAUUGUGAAAGCAAAAAAUUAUUAGAAACAUUUAGUUCAAUGCAAAAUAUGUCAACUGAUUCAAAAACGUUGAUAAUAAUGUAUUUAUUGCAUUGUAUUUUCAUUCCCACCUCAAAAAAAUCAACUAAAGAUAGUAAUGGAAAAAGAGGUUUCAUAAAAUUUAGUAUAAGGG